GACGUCACCUCAUAGAAACCUUCAAGAGUGGCAAGAUGGCUACGGAACCAAAUAAGACUGAGAUCCUGAGCAUUUUCAAACGGUUAAGAUCCGUCGCUACGAACAAGGCAUGUUUCGACUGCGUGGCCAAGAGCCCCAGCUGGGCGAGCAUCUCUCACGGCGUGUUCUUGUGCAUCGACUGCUCCGGCGUCCACCGCUCACUGGGCGUGCACCUCAGCUUCAUCAGGUCCACUGAGCUGGACUCCAACUGGAACUGGUUUCAGCUGCGCUGCAUGCAGGUUGGAGGCAACUCCAACGCGACGGUGUUCUUCCGGCAGCACGGCUGCUCCACCGGCGACACCACCGCCAAGUACAACAGCUGCGCGGCGCAGCUGUACCGGGAGAAGGUCCGGCAGCAGGCCAACGCCGCGCUGUCCAAGUACGGGUCGGACCUGUGGAUCGAGUCGUCGGCAGAAAGCGCUCCGCCAGCGGCCGAGAGGAAGGAGGCCGACUUCUUUGAUGAGCUCACCACACAGACGGUGGACGGCUGGAGCGCGGCAACGCAGCAGAACGGCGCCGCUGUGACCUCACAGCUGAGCGGCCCGGGUGACGCCCAUGUGAAGCCCUCCAUCAUCGGCAAGAAGAAGCCCAUGACCACCAGGAGAGGGCUGGGGGCCAAGAAAGGUCUGGGGGCCCAGAAGGUGAGCAACAAGAACUUCUCUGAGGUGGAGAAGCAGGCGCAGUUGGCCGAGAAGAUGCGAGAGGACCGGGUCGCCGAGUCCAAGAAACAAGCCGAUGAGUCCAUCGUGGCCUCCAUGCGUCUGGCCUACAAGGAGCUGGAGAUCGACAGGAAGAUGGAGGAGAAGAAGAUCCAGAGCCUGGAGGGCAAGAAGAGGGAGCAGGCGGAGAGGCUGGGGAUGGGCUUCGGCAACAGGAGCGCCAUGUCCCACUCCGUGAUGUCAGAGAUGCAGGUGAUCGAGCAGGAGACCCCCGUGGGCGUCAAGUCCUCCUCCUCCCGCUCCAAACUGGACAUGUUUGAGGAGCCGGGCUUCAGCUCCGGACCCCCCAAGUACAAGGACAACCCGUUUACCGUGGGAGACAGCUUUGGAUCCCGGUGGGACACCGAGGGAGGAGCCGCCUCCUUCAGCACCUCCUGGGCUCUGGAGAAGGAGGAGCCUAAAGAGGAGGUCACCAUCUCCACCAUCCAGCCCAUUGGAGAGAGACUUCCCAGCAGAAGGAAAGCCGACGUGGCGGCGGCGGCGGCCGAGUCCCUCGAGGCGCGGCAGAAGUUCGCCAACGCCAAGGCCAUCUCAUCGGACAUGUUCUUUGGCCGGGAGAGCAGCGCGGAGUAUGACGCUAAGAGCCGACUGGAGACCAUGUCUGGGAGCACCUCCAUCAGCUCAGCUGACCUGUUUGGGGAGGGGCGCGACCUGAAGGGCAGGGCCCCGGGCUUCGACAGCGUGCUCCCCGCCGGCCCCGACAUCGCUCAGUUCAAACAGGGAGUGAAGACUGUCGCGGGAAAGAUGGCCGUGCUGGCCAACGGGGUCAUGAACACCAUCCAGGAUCGUUACGGCUCUUACUGAUGGAGCUGAAGAAGACGAGCUGGCACACGAAGAGUAGACGGCCUCCUGGCUGACAGAGAGAGGGAGAGAGAGAGAGAGAGGGGCACAGGAAGGGUUGCAUGAGGAAACUAAGCCUCCUCCUCCUCUCAUCCUUCUCUCUCUCCCUCUCUCUCUCUCUCUCCUCUCUCUCUCUCUCUCUCAUAUCCUUCUCCCUCUCUCAUAUCCUUCUCUCUCUCAUAUCCUCUCUCUCUCUCAUAUCCCUCUCUCUCUCUCUCUCUCAUAUCCCUCUCUCUCUCUCUCAUAUCCUUCUCCCUCUCUCAUAUCCCUCUCUCUCAUAUCCGUCUCUCUCUCAUAUCUCUCUCUCUCUCAUAUCCUUCUCUCUCCCUCUUUAUCUCAUAUCCUUCUCUCCCUCUCUCUCUCUCUCUCUCUCAUAUCCUUCUCUCUCUCAUAUCCUUCUCUCUCCCUCUCUCUCUCAUAUCCUUCUCUCUCUCUCUCUCCCUCUCAUCCAGUGAAACAGAAUUUUCUCUCCGGCUGUAUUUUAUUUUUCCUAUAACAUUUAUUUUGGUCUUUAGUUUUCAAAACUUCUUUUACAUUUUAUUCUUUAGACAUGAAUGAAAUGUUUUUGACUCGAAUGUCUUUUUGUUUUUGUGAUAUAAAAAGUUCAGGAUCUAUUUCCAUCGUUAAGUUCAACAAGAGUCCAGAAGUUGAUGAGCUGGUGUUGUUUGUUGUUUCUGUGCGUUGACACUUCCAGAGGCUGCAGUGAGAUGUAUAUUAUUAAAACACGUAUUUAUUAUGUUGGUUCUAAAGAGUCCAGAACCAACACGUGACAUUCAAACAGUUCAAAUAACGUCCUUUAAAGUCCCGGCUCACGGAACUAAAUCUUCCCCCUGGUUGAAUCUGAAGUCUGCCUCCAUGUCUCCCUAGGCUCCGCCUCCUCUCCAUAGGCUCCGCCUUGUCUCGGCAGUUCAACCUUUUAUUUUGAAGGGCUGACCGUCUUCAGUUUACAUUCGUUAACAAAGCCACCGUCUGAGUCCAGAGACAGACCAUAAUGUUCCUCUGACAGACCAUAAUAUUCUCCUGGCGUGAUGAAAUAAACUCGAACUGAAACAUUUAAAUAUUUAUUUGUAUUCAUUCUGUGAAUAAAGAUUAAAAAACCUC